AUGUCGACCCAAGAUGACUCUGGAAUACCGUUCGAGAUCAGCAACGAACAGCAAAAUUUCCGUCUUCUUGAGCUUCCCCCAUCUCUACUCGCAUUGAUAGCAUCCAAAGAUCCUCCCAAUCUGUGGCUAAAGUCAGCAGAAUCCCCAAGUGCCAACGUUGACUCUAAGCAACCUAGCCCAAGCGUUGUACUAUGUACGGACGACCAUACGUAUCAGCUUCGCCAGGUCCAAUCUUCAAAUUCCGUGUUCAUCCUGAAGCCAUCAGAGAGUAGCCGCGGAGACAGCUCAAUUAACUCCCCGAGCCUCUCGGCUAUAGCUCAGUGUACGGCUACACUAGAACUCAUCCCCUCGGAAACUGCAGCGUCUUCGGCGAUGGUAUCCCAAAUUUUGAAAAAGAGCCUACCUUCCUACAAAGGAACAGAUACGGACAUGGGAUUAGGAACGAAUACUACAUUUUCAAGAGAGUACAAGGAUAAAAAUGCCCUAUUGCAGGACACUCCCAUUUCGCCCGAAGAGUUCGAUAAGACAUGGAAGCAAUUAUGUGCCUUUGAAGUCCUUGGUCGCGCAUGGUUGCCAGCACCAUCUGCUCUUGCCAUGGUUUGGAAGUCAAUACUGUCGGCAGCCAUUGCCAGAGGUGUCAAUCUUGAAAAGAGAUUCGAGCUCAAAUCGCUUGCAGAGAUGGUGGGUGAUGAUGGAUUUCCGUGGGCAUUAUUCAUGGCCGUGGUGAUGAGACUGGUCUCUGACACUGAUUACCUAAAAAACGAGUAUGUAAGUUUGAGUAGGGACAAGACUGUACAAUGGGUUGGAAUUGUUUGCCUUCAAAGGGCUGGAGAAUCGGAGCAAGCCAACACGGAGGGUAUCCCGCAAUCAGAUUUUCUUGCACAAUGGUACGAUCUCUUACCGGAAGGCUGGAGAAAGCACGCCUCGAUGGACCUGCUUAAGGCUAAAUACUCUCACUUGGACCCAUCCCAAGAAAAGACCGUCUUCGGUGAGAACAUCUUUGAUCCCACAUCGUUGGAAACCUCUCCAUCUGCCAAUACCAGUGGUAAGGCUAAUCGAAAUUGGCAUGAGAAAUUCAAAUUAGGAAGGAAGUCCUAG